GGAGCCUUGAGGAGAUCUGUCAGUGUCAUUAGUCAUUACAUUUACAAUUUUAUUUACAAAUUACAUUCUUUUGGUGUCAAAUCGUAUUUUUAAAAAUGCACGAACAUCACAAACAAACCUGGAUAGAAUUAAUCGAAAAUUACAGGAAAUUGACGCUGUUAUGGGAUCGACAGCACAAAGACUAUUCUAACCAGCGUUUGCGUGGGGAAGCCUAUCAAAAAUUGCUCAAAAUAUACAAAACAAUUGAUAGCAAAGCCACCUUGUUAAACUUUAAGAAUAAGCUUGAUAUUAUGACAACUACAUACAACAGAGAGAGAAAAAGGAUGAAUGGAUGUAAAGCAGAGGGAGUAAUUUACAUACCAAAUUUAUGGUAUUACAAAUAUCUCAGGUUCCUUGAUAAGACAUUGAAGACGCCGGAGGAGAAAGAAAGAUAUUUUGAGUUAAAUAGGUACAAUAACGUCAAUAACAAAAUAUAUUUGGAGACCCCGCUGAAAAGGAAACGGGUUGAUAUGAACAGUUCAAGUACACCGAAAUCGCAGGCUGGCGAAGUCAAGCCAGGAUACUCUCUAAAUAUAGAGCCCAUUCAGUCUUCCGAAGAGGAAAACAACCCACAACCACCCUCACAACCAAGCCAACUCCGUAUCAAGGUUCAAUCACCGCGUAUCGAGAACACAUUUAGUUUGCGGGACUUGGAACACAAAAACAGACAAAUGUCACCGGACAACCGACUCCUGGAUCUCCUAGAAAAACAAGAGAACUUUGUAGGCACCGUAAGCAAAAUGCUGACUCCGGAACAAAGAGAUUGGGAGUUCAUAGGCAAAUCUAUAGGCCUACGGUUAUCAAGUUUAGAAGGAAAACAAAGAACUAUUGCUAGAAAGUUGAUAAACGAUGUAAUUUUCUUCGGGAGUAUAGACAAAUUGACCGUCGAGUCAAACAUCAAUCUGAAUAAAAAGAUGCCAGAUAAUCAUGAGGAAGAACAUUUAAUAUUUGUUGAUAUAGAUUCGUCUAGUCAGGAAUAAUUUUAUAAAUAAAUAUGGUUUUGAUA